AACUCCCACCCUCCUUCCGGUGGACUCUGCCUCCUCAUUCACGGAGAUGCCUUGGCAGAGUCCGGGGUCCCUGGGCCGAGCCAUCAGCUGAGUCACUGAGACCCAUGGCAAGGAAACAAAAUAGGAAUUCCAAGGAACUGGGCCUAGCUCCCCUCGCAGAUGACACAAGCCACGCCGGGCCUCCAGGGCCAGGGAGGGCACUGCUGGAGUGUGACCACCUGAGGAGCGGGCUGCCAGAUGGGAGGAGAAGAAAGGACUGGUCCUGCUCGCUCCUCGUGGCCUCCCUCGCGGGCGCCUUCGGCUCCUCCUUCCUCUACGGCUACAAUCUGUCUGUGGUGAACGCCCCCACCCCGUACAUCAAGGCCUUUUACAAUGAGUCAUGGGAAAGAAGGCAUGGACGUCCAAUAGACCCAGACACUCUGACUCUGCUCUGGUCUGUGACUGUGUCCAUAUUCGCCAUCGGUGGACUUGUGGGGACGUUAAUGGUGAAGAUGAUUGGAAAGGUUCUUGGGAGGAAGCACACUUUGCUGGCCAAUAAUGGGUUUGCAAUUUCUGCUGCAUUGCUGAUGGCCUGCUCACUCCAGGCAGGAGCCUUUGAAAUGCUCAUCAUUGGACGCUUCAUCAUGGGCAUAGAUGGAGGCAUCGCCCUCAGUGUGCUCCCCAUGUACCUCAGUGAGAUCUCACCCAAGGAGAUCCGUGGCUCUCUGGGGCAGGUGACCGCCAUCUUUAUCUGCAUUGGUGUGUUCACUGGGCAGCUUCUGGGCCUGCCCGAGCUGUUGGGAAAGGAGAGUACCUGGCCAUACCUGUUUGGAGUGAUUGUGGUCCCUGCCGUUGUCCAGCUGCUGAGCCUUCCCUUUCUCCCGGACAGCCCACGCUACCUGCUCUUGGAGAAGCACAAUGAGGCGAGAGCUGUGAAAGCCUUCCAGACGUUCUUGGGUAAAGCAGACGUUUCCCGAGAGGUAGAGGAGGUGGCUGAGAGCCGUGUGCAGAGGAGCAUCCGCCUGGUGUCCGUGCUGGAGCUGCUGAGAGCUCCCUACGUCCGCUGGCAGGUGGUCACCGUGAUUGUCACCAUGGCCUGCUACCAGCUCUGUGGCCUCAACGCAAUUUGGUUCUACACCAACAGCAUCUUUGGAAAAGCUGGGAUCCCUCUGGCAAAGAUCCCGUACGUCACCUUGAGUACAGGGGGCAUCGAGACUUUGGCUGCCAUCUUCUCUGGUUUGGUCAUUGAGCACCUGGGACGGAGACCCCUCCUCAUUGGUGGCUUUGGGCUGAUGGCCCUCUUCUUUGGGACCCUCACCAUCACACUGACCCUGCAGGACCGCGCCCCCUGGGUCCCCUACCUGAGUGUCGUGGGCAUUCUGGCCAUCAUCGCCUCUUUCUGCAGUGGGCCAGGUGGCAUUCCGUUCAUCUUGACUGGUGAGUUCUUCCAGCAAUCUCAGCGGCCGGCUGCCUUCAUCAUCGCAGGCACCGUCAACUGGCUCUCCAACUUUGCUGUUGGGCUCCUCUUCCCAUUCAUUCAGAAAAGUCUGGACACCUACUGUUUCCUAGUCUUUGCUACAAUUUGUAUGACAGGUGCUAUCUACCUAUAUUUUGUGCUGCCUGAGACCAAAAACAGAACCUAUGCAGAAAUCAGCCAGGCAUUUUCCAAAAGGAACAAAGCAUACCCACCAGAAGAGAAAAUUGACUCAGCUGUCACUGAUGGUAAGACAAAAGGAAGGCCUGAACAAGUUUCCUCCUCCACGUUGGACAAUUAUGUCAAAAACAGGAUUGUCUACAUGGAUGAUCUCACUUUUCAGGAAACUUAAAAUUUACCCAUUAUUGGGAGGCUUAAAUGAAUUGAAGCUAUGCAAGUCUUUUAUAUUAUUAAAUAUUUAAAAGUAAACCUGUACUAAUCUAACAUUGCAACUAUGUUAGCAUUAUUCACAACUGAAUCUCCCAAACUCUUCUGGAAGCUGCAAGGAAUCACUCUGUGUUUCAGUAGACCCACCGUUCUUCCAUAUAGGUUGAUGACCUGCCUUCUUCAUGACUCAACCCAUGAUUUCAAAAUGAAAUUGGGGAAAUAGUAUGUUAAUGCUUUAUCAAAGAAAAAUAAAUUUGGUCUGAUAGGGGACUCAAUGGAUUAGAGAUCACAGACUGAGGUUCUAGUCCCAGCUUUACCACAAGCAGCCUUGACCUGCCCUCAACCUGGGUCCCAGUGCCUCAAUGACCCUAGGCUUCCAUCCCUGAUAUAGGCUUUCAGAAGUCAGUGGAAAGAUUAUUCAUAGUGCCUAAGAAAUGCCUGUUUCCAAUAUUUGACCUUGUGGAUCUCAGGUUUUGGAGAUCCUAAUGCCAACCCACCAGCCUGCAGAUUUUGUCUUUCCCAAACUGUGUUCCAGGAAUGGGCUCAAAACUUCAGGGCUGACGCUGUCCUCACCCCAGACUAUUAGAGUCCUGUGUGCUCACAGAGAACAUGAAGAAGAGCAAUGUGUGGAAGACUUAACUUUCUCGUAACUGCAGCAGGGACUGAAAAUUGACCUCUAUCCAAAUGAAAAACAAUGUUGAGGAUGAUUCUAAAGCUAAACCUAGGCUUAGUGGGGGAAAAAAAACAUUGUGAUUAAUUGGUGAUCUCUGCCACAAGUGUGGGGCUCAGAGUGUCAGCACAUGUACCUCAUGUUUACCAAGUCUACAAGAGAUUUCUCUGAAAAGGUAAUGAGCUGUCUUGAAAGAUGGGGAGUUCACCAUCACUCAAAGUGCUCAAGGGAAGACUGGGUGAUUACUCAUCUUGACUGUUGCCAAGAAAAUCUGUGUCAACUUUGGAGGAAGGUGUUUGGAAUAGAUAUGUUGAAGGGCACUUCUAACUCUUACAUGCUAGGGUUGUUUGAGUAAGAUCUACUUACAGCCUGCCAUCGUAAUGUGUGGCUUGUGGUUUGGGCGAUUUCCUAUACUUGCUUCUAAAAUGAAACAACGUGUCCUAAAGUAAAGUAAAGUGCACUUGAAUUA